AUGCCCUUCGCCUUUGUCCUGCCGACCACGUCGGCCUUCUCGUUGGACGAUGCCUACGCCUGUCCGACGCACCCGUCGCUGCUGCGCGGCGCCACCACCUACCGCGGCGUCGUCCGCGACACCCUCAAGAAGCACAAGCGCCUGCCGCCCGAGGCCCAGGCCGCGAGCCUGGCCCUGGUCGUGUCGAGCCUGGAGGACUACCUGCCCUAUCUGAUGGUGAUGGGAUGCCGCGACAAGGCCAGCCAGGCAGCAAACCAAUUCGGCGUCCAAGUCGUCCCCGCAUCCUCCCCGGCCUCGUCUGUCUGCGUCUCCUCCUGGCGACCGACCAUGGCCGGCUCGCGCGUCCCCGGCCGCCAGCCGGCCCGCGUGGCCGUCCGCUCGCUCGACCACGAGACCGCCUUCGUGCUCGCUACUCUCGGCCAUGCCCGCACGCUGCAGGCUCGUGCUGCUCUGCAGCCGCUGCAGGCGGCCACGUCGGUCGCACCGGCUGGACCACAACAGCGCGCGUCGGCCGUCGCUGCUGCCACGCGCCAUCUCCUGGACGCUGCCUCCGUGCUUACGUACGCAGCCACACAGAUGGAGAUGCCGGCAUGUUCUACCUCGCCCAUCCCCUACGACAUACACCCUGCCCUCCUCCGGGCCCAUGCCGGCCUCGCCCUCGCCGAGGCCACCCUCCUGGCCGUCCUCAAGGAUGACCCCUACCCGGCCGUCAUGGCACAGCGUCGCAACGAGCUCGACCGCGAGUGGAUGUACAAGGCCCCCGACAUUCCGCGCGUUCGCGCUCACCUCUUUGCUCGUCUCUGUCUGGCUGCUGCCGAACACGUCGGCCGCGCCUUGGCCUCGGCCUCGUCCGCCUUUGCUUCUUCUUCGUCUUCGUCCUCGUCCUCAUCCUCGUCAUCAUCUUCCCCCUACACCCGCUACCUCGACGACCUUCGCCGGACGGCGCGCGCCAGAGCCUGUCGCUUCUUCGCCAUCGACGCUGAGCUGGCUGGCCACACCGGCACCGCCCUCGCCUGGCUGCACGCUGCCCUGCAGGAACUCGGCGACAGCUCAGCCGGCAGCGAUGCUACUACCUCCACCACUGGCUCUGUGGCCACAGCUUCCUCCUCGUCCUCCUCCCGCAAAAACUUGCUUGCGCGCAUCAAAAAAGACCGCUUCGAAAAGCACGAGGACCGCCGGCUGGCCCGUGGUGUCGGCUGGGGCGCCGAUGCCGGCCGCCUCGAUGAGACCCGCGUCGUCGAGAUGCUCGACGCCAAGUGGACCAAACAGAACGACACUAUCAACACCCAGCUCAUCCCCCCCUAUGGCCCGCUGCUGGCACAGAUGCCUUCUGGCCGCGACGUCCACACCGUCAAGCCAUUUGACCCGCCCGUGCUCGAUUCGGCCGUCCUCGAGGCCAUGCGCGCGCCUCCAGACCCGCUCGACAGCAACGCCCUCAGCCUCGGACCUGAUGUCGACUCCAGCAGUGACGACGACCAGUCGGCCACGGCCAGCUCGCGCGACGACCGCGCUCAACGGUCCUACUACUAG